GCACGGCAGACAUGCAGCAACCUGCAGCUCAGCCCCGCACUGUGCUGGAGGAGAAUGUGGGAAGGCCCAUCUCCUCCCUUGUGGCAGGCAGGGCCCAGCCUCAGGAGCCUGGCGCUGGCCUAGGAGAUCGGGCCAGCGGCUGGCCUCAGCGGGAGGAACAGAGUCUCCGUGAAUACAGCCGCUCGGGCACAGUGCUGCAGCAACCCAGCCCAGAGCCUCGGCCUCCAGAAAAGGGGCCCGCAGCCCCCGACUUCAGGCAGGCUGAGGAGGAGGGGGAAGACAGCAGGAAGAGGAAGAAAAUUCAGCUGUCGCCCUUGGAAAAGCUCAAGCUGUCCACGCUCAGCCUGGACUCCGAGACAGAAAGCCAGGGGGGUCCUGGGAAGCACCAGGCAGGCUCAGAGCCAUUCCGAAGCGCCGCCCCGGCGAAGGACCAGGGUACUCUGGAGAGAGGGCAGGUCUGCUGGGUUGAGCCUGGAUUCAGCGAGGAGGCCGAAGACGUAGAGGAGACUGACAGUGAUGACGAAGAGGAGGAGAAAGAGGAGGAGAGCCAAGACCUUGGGUACUUAACAGAGAACCGUCUCCUAAGUUUGGGCGAAAAGGAAAAAUAUCCCACCUGGAAGAGAACACUGACCCGCCGCGCCAAAGAGGAAGAGAUGAAGAGGUUCUGCAAAGCCCAGUCCAUCCAGAGGCGUCUGGAGGAGAUUGAGGUGACGUUCCGGAAGCUGGAGGAGAAGGGGAUACAGCUGGAGAGAUCACUGCGGGGCGAAGGAGGGACCCAGUCUGAGCUGAAGACCCAGUGGAUGAACAAGUUACUCUCUCUGGUGCAGAAGAAGAACAGCCUGGUUUCCGAGGAGUCGGACCUCAUGAUUGAGGCGCAAGAGCUGAAGCUGGAGGAGAAGCAGUGCCAGCUGGACCAGGAACUGCGGCGAUACAUGAACAUGGAAGAGACGCUGAAGAUGCCCCAGGACAGGCUGGCGGAGAAGGAGAUCCUGGCCCAGCUGCUGGAGGUGGUGAACCAGCGAAAUGCCCUGAUCCACGUGCUGGAGGAGAAGCGCCUUAGCGAGCUGAGUGAGGCUCUCCCGGGGACAGCGCAGGGGUGGGCAGGCUGAGGAGCCGCCGGCCCGAUCCCUGCCACGGACCCAGCAUGGACAGCUUCCCCAUGUCAGCCUGGCUCCUCGUUCUGCUAGGACACAACUGCCUGUGUCACCGACGGCCCAAGAGACACUGCUGGCCUCUCCCCAGCAGCGUGAGAGCUGCCGGCAGGGUCAGGUCACCCUGGGAGAGGUAAGGGGGCAUGUACCGAGGCAGCAUGCGCCUGACACUGAAGUUACUGCCAAAGCCUCACUGAAGGGGAUGAAUCUGCUGUCUGGAGCGCCAGGCCCCUCUUCCGCCUGCUCUGGCAGAAUGCGAGGACAAGCCCAGUUCUUGGAACGGGGGCUUCUGUUGAUGGGGCUGGGCCCCUAACCCACCAGGCAGGCUUAGCAGUUUCCUCUCUCGUUUUAGUGCUUGAGCGCUGCUCCCCAGACCGAGGGGGAGCAGAUUUGACUGCGUGGCAGCAUUCGACUUGGACCCCAUCUUCAGUAGGGAACAAGGUGACACUGGGCUUGUAACAUGUUCGAAAUGCACCAGGCAGCUGUAGCGUUAACCCCGUGUUGCCAGGUGGGGGUAGAGCACCUGGUGUUUUCACCCCUUAGCUCAGGGGUGGCCAACCUGGGGCUCUGGAGCCACAUGCGGCUCUUCAGACGUUAAUAUGCGGCUCC